UAUCAGGGCGUCAUAAUCAAAUGCGAUUGGCAGGCUUGAAUUAUGCCAUUUGCUCAAUAUAUAUAUAUAUAUAUAUAUAUAUUACUCUUCAAAUGGCCACGAUGGGAGCAGUGCGAUAUAUACCGCUGGUAAUACUAUCAUUAUUGUUGGCAAUAUUUGCGAUAUCCCCCAGUUUGGAUAAAAACACUUUACAAGGUUGGAACAUAAAUGGGCGCAUUAUCACAGCGAGGAAACCUGAUGGAGUAGCGCACAAAUGGGAAAGAAAUAAUACCAAUGACACAUACAGUCCUAUAUUAUCGAACCAAGACAGAAUAACACAUGCAAGACAAUCGUGUAGAUGUUAUAAUGUAACAUAUAAUAGCACAUCGAGGGCAUCUGUUUUCUUCUCUGAAAAAUAUAAGUUUAUGUUCCAACUCGUGCCUAAGGUGGGAUCUACUAUGUGGCAAAGUGUUCUACAUAAUACUGGUGAAAAAUGCAGAAUUGGUAAUGGGACGAACAUGAUUACUUGUCAAUCACUACAGAAGUUAAAACAAUACACAGAAGUGCUUUUUGUCCGUGAUCCACUGGAAAGAUUGGUUUCUUGUUAUUAUAGUAAAUUUCAUAUUUCUGCACGAUUAUCAGCUUUAUAUGAAAAGCUAUAUAGAUCUAUGAUUCUUGAUAUUAGGAAACAAUAUCCAAAAAGCAAAAAUACACAACACGGAAGAUUGAACAUAACCUUCAAGGAGUUUGCACAAAUUGUAAUUUCAAAUGGACUAACACCUUUGCCAGUGUCGAGACAUUGGUUGCCACAAUAUUUAAAUUCCCAUAUAUGUGAAAUAAAUUAUACAUUCAUCGGACACAUUGAGAUGUUAGCUCAGGAUGGACCUUUUGCUCUCAAAGUACUAGGAAUUAACAACUUUGUAGUUUUUCCAGAGGUUCACAAACGAAAAGGAAACGAACAUUUUGACCAAACCUUUCAAACAUUGCCAUGGCAAAUGAAGAAGCAAUUAGUGGAAUACUACCACUUAGAUUAUGAGAUAUUUGGUUAUAGUCCCCCUAGAAUAGUGACAAAACAUACUGACAAUUAA